AUGGGCAACAUUGUCGCAUCGUUGCUGAAUUCUGACCAUGAUGGAAUACCAGGUUCCGAACAAACAUGUGGUUUAUCGUCAUGCAGCAGCGACUCUACAGAGUCACAUGAAGAACAAACCAAUCUGCCAGAAAGCAGAAAUAGUAGACUUCAAGCAGUAAACACCACCGAUGACAACUCUUUGGCAACAACUAAUGUAAAACAAGAGCUCUCUAAUGCGGAGAAGGCUUUAGAAGUAAUGCAAACUAUGUACAGACUACGUACUCCUCUGCUUCACGAGAAAUUAGACCAACUGAAGAUUGAUAACCGUGGUGGACGUCUUCUUAUUUAUGAACGUUUAAAAAGGUAUAUAUGUAAACAUGAGCCGCGACUGCUGAAUAGACCAAAUACAGAAGGUAAAACAGAACGGUUUUACGACUAUCUAAUUGUAAUCGAUUUUGAAUGUACCUGCGAUGAAUCUGCACCUGAAUAUCAACAUGAAAUCAUUGAAUUUCCCGCUGUUUUAAUUGACGUCCGAAAGCAAGAAGUGGUUGGUACCUUCAGGUCGUACGUACAGCCGGUACGGUAUCCUCAGUUAAAUGAGUUUUGUGUAAAACUGACAGGCAUUACUCAAGAAACUGUCGACAAGUCACCAACUUUCGUACGUGUGUUAACUAAAUUUUAUAAUUGGUUAAAGGAAAAAAAUCUCGACAAAUCAACAAGAUAUGCGUUUGUUACUGACGGCCCGUGGGAUAUUGCUAAAUUUCUCCAGAUGCAGUGCUUGCAGUCAGAAAUUGGGGUCCCGCAUAUUUUCCGCCAUUAUAUCAAUAUCAGGAAGUGCUUCUUGAACAACUAUUACAUGAGAGGUGACCUGGCGCCGAAGAUAACUUUGGCAAAGAUGCUAAGUGAAUGUAAUAUGGAAUUUGUUGGAAGACCACAUUGUGGGCUCGAUGAUUCUAUAAAUAUUGCAAGAGUGGUCAUAAAAAUGCUGAAAGACAACAUAGAAAUUAGAGUCAACGAAAGGCUUGUGAAAGGGAAGAAUGUGAAGGUAAAAGACUAUGCUAGACAGCUUUCACUAAAAACAAGUCGUUUUGCUGGCUCGCAGGUUCCGACUGGAAAAGAGAAUGUUGAGUCUAAAAACCGAGAUUUUCCAACAUGGCGGGAAGUAUUACCUUACAAAAAUAUUUUCGUAAGUCGGGACGCCUUUAUAAGUGGUGAUUAUUUGCAGUGA